GCUUGGGCUUCGCUAGCCCCCCCGGCCCGCUGUCCGUCUCCCUUCCUCCGAUCGAUUCGGUCGUGGACGCCCAGGCCCCCACCGUUCCACACCACCCCCUCGCUCGAUCUUCCGCCUCUGCGCGGUCUCGCUGCAGGCAGCGAGCGAGCCUUGUACACCCUCUCUCCCUCGAGGCCCAUUCGUGGGGAGUAUACUACGGGCGAAUCUAUAAACAAAUCCGCACAGUCGCUGGCGGUUUUGGUGUUUUCGGGACAUGGAGUGCUAGUUGCUGCGGACGGGAGCAAUGAAUGCUUGAGUGGGUCGCUGUUCAGAGUGGUCGUCGAGUUGUAAGCGAGGCAGGAGCAAGUCGUUGGUAUAUUUGCCGAGCACUGUUCUUCCUUCUGCAGCAUCUCCUGGGAUUUGCUCUCCUGUAUCGUGUGCGAGCCUGUGAGCUAUUGCGGAGAAUUGAACGUGUCGACGCUCGUGCAAGCGCACGGCCACUGCAGCCCAGCCCAGCUAAGACCAAGCCCGUCCAGCGGCUGAUACCCUCCCACUGACUGACGGCAGCAAAUACCAAUUCGGUGCGGCCUCCCGGGGCGGAGCUGUAUAGAGAAGGCGUUAUUCAGAUAGACGAUGAAAAGUAGGGGAGUGAGAGAAGAACAUAGGCUGUAGUCCAUCUGACACACCGUCUGGAGAGCUGGGGUGGUCCGAUUGCUCUUCGUCGGCUCUCAGCGCCUGUGAGAGUGCAGUCGCGUCUGCAGCAGGUCGAAUUGUUUUGAUUUCCCCACAAGUAGGGAGUGAGGCUUGUUAUUUUCAGUAGGCAAGGAUUUUAUUCUGGUCGGAAGUUUUGAGAAAAGAUGGCCCAAGUGGUGGCCCAAAUGGCUCUUCAAAAGCCUUUUAGUGGAGAGUGCGUGUCUGUCAAAGGCAUUCCCAGAUUGGAGCCGAUUCGCAGACCAUUGAGACUGAAUGUGAGGGCUGUAGCUACCAAAAGCUCUUCAGGAGUCAUCACCGCAGCUGAGAAGGAGGUCACCCGCAAUCGCUCCAUGAGAGUCGGCGAAAUGGCAGAAGAAAUGAAGCGAGUGAGGGCUCAAAUGGAGGAAGAUGAGCAGCUAUCAUCACUAAUGAGGGGACUUCGAGGUCAGAACCUUUCUGACAACCAGUUCGCAACUUCGGAUACCAAACUCCGUCUUGUUGAGGUUGACGGAAGUGGAGCGGAUGGUGAAGAAAAGCUACCUCUCAUUUACGAUCCAGUGACCAUUGCUGCAUAUUGGGGAAAGAAACCCGGAGCUGUUGCCACUCGUAUCGCCCAGCUUUUGGGAGUUGCUGGUGGUUUUCUCUCCGGCAUUGCUAUGGAUAUAAUCACGAAAAAAGUGAAAGAGAAUGAGGUAAAGCGGGCCAUCGAACUGCGAGAAAUUGUUACAUCUUUGGGUCCGGCUUACAUUAAGCUUGGUCAAGCCCUCAGCAUCAGACCUGACAUUCUGUCCCCGAGCGCCAUGACCGAGCUUCAAAAGCUCUGCGAUAAGGUGCCUUCUUUCCCCAACGAUAUCGCAAUGGCCCUGAUUGAAGAAGAACUGGGAAAGCCAUGGCAAGAGAUUUACUCAGAACUGUCUCCAUCUCCGAUAGCUGCUGCAUCAUUGGGCCAGGUUUAUAAAGGACGCCUCCUCGAGACUGGUGAAGUUGUUGCCGUGAAGGUUCAACGACCUUAUGUCCUAGAGACAGUAACAGUGGAUCUGUUCAUUAUUCGCAAACUGGGUGUAGCCCUAAGAAGGUUUCCUCAAAUCGCAACGGAUGUUGUGGGUCUUGUCGACGAAUGGGCAGCUCGCUUCUUCGAGGAGCUGGAUUACAUCAACGAGGGAGAGAACGGAACACGAUUUGCUGAACAAAUGAAGGUUGACCUGCCUCAGGUUGUCGUGGCAAAGACAUAUACGAAGUACACUUCUCGUCGUGUGCUUACUACUGAAUGGAUUGAAGGAGAAAAGCUAUCUCAAAGUACUGCCUCCGAUGUGGGAGAUCUGGUGAAUGUUGGUGUUAUUUGUUACUUAAAACAGCUUCUCGACACGGGUUUCUUCCACGCCGAUCCUCACCCAGGAAAUCUUAUUCGUACACCAGAUGGCAAAUUAGCCAUCCUUGAUUUUGGUUUAAUGACGCAGAUUACUGACCAACAAAAGUACGGAAUGAUUGAAGCAAUCUCCCACCUUAUUCAUAGAGACUAUGAGGCCAUUGUAGAAGAUUUUGUCAAGCUUGACUUUAUUCCGGAGGGAGUGAACCUAUCACCUAUUAUGCCAGUGCUAGCAAAAGUUUUUGAUCAGGCGUUGGAGGGUGGAGGUGCCAAAAACAUCAAUUUCCAGGAACUGGCUGCCGAUUUAGCUCAGAUUACCUUCGAUUAUCCAUUUCGAAUUCCUCCCUAUUUUGCUCUUAUCAUUCGAGCCAUAGGUGUCUUGGAGGGUAUAGCCCUUGUUGGCAACCCAGACUUCGCCAUUGUUGAUGAGGCAUACCCUUACAUCGCUCAGCGACUUUUGACAGAUAACUCGCCACGUCUAAGGAAGGCCUUGCGGUACACUAUCUAUGGGAAGUCGGGAGUUUUUGACGCAGAUAGAUUCAUCGAUGUUCUGGAGGCCUUCGAGACUUUUGCAGCUGCAGCUAAGAGUGGAGGCGGUGGUGAGCUUCAAGGAAAUAUGGCUUCUUACGGAUUAGUCCCAGCCGGCAAUAUUCAGUGGCCGUCGCCGACUCUACAAAAUAGGCGUGUGCAGACUAGAACAGCGUUGUUGUUCAUCUUCUCGGAGCAGGGGGAAUUCUUCAGAGAGUUUAUUUUAGACGAGGUAGUUAAAGGUAUCGACGCUGUAAGCAGAGAACAACUAGCUCGAGUUAUGGUUGGUUUGGGCAUCGAUAGACUGCGUCCAGUGUUGAGCGUCGUACCCAUCCCUGGCUUAAGGCCUUUUGUCCUAGUACCUACAGUCACGCCUGAAGAUGAAACCGUGCUCAACAACGUGAGAAGGAUUGUAGCUUUUCUCUCGGUUGGAACUUCAUCAUCUCGAUCUAUAUCGGAGGGAGGAGAUUUGCAGAUCAUGGAAGUCGUGCAGGAACUACUACCAGUGUUACCGAGCGUUGCCACUCAGUUAGUACCGGAAAUUGCAAACCGACUUGUGUCAAGGAUCGUUGCACGAACUCUGCGAGAGCUUGCUAUCUCGUUUUGACUUGCUGUACCAGUAGUAUAGGCUUAGGAUAAUCAAAUUCUUUACGCACUCGUCGUCAAGCGCAGAUGGGAGCAUGUUCUCUUAUUUCCAAAGCUGAGCGGAGUUUUAUAUAUUUCUGUGAAGCUCAGCCAAAACGGAUCUAUGCUCCCAGUCAUAACCUUGGGAAGCCCAGUUCAGCACAGCUCAGCUCAGCCAGUUGAGUAGAGUUGUUGAAAAAUCAGGCACUCUCCAGUGUCCGUGUUAUAGAGCGUUGUAGAUUUUAUAAAUGCUCAACUGUAAAACGUGUACAUUAUGUUCUUCUACCCCUUGAAAGAAAUUUUUUCAUCGCAUAAGAUCAGCAUUCUGACGAUGGAAUCUGGUCCGUCUUCUCUAUUCAAUUCGUCUUCGUCACUACCUAUCGCAAGUAUUGCUUUUGUGUCAUCUGACCACGAGGAAUCUGCUCUCUGGAGCCGAACCCUCUCGCCUUGUAAGGACGGCCUGCGGCUGCAUCAGUCAUGAUAGCCACUCAUAGCUGUAUCUGGUUACAUUCGGACGUCGAUGAUGUGAUUGACGACGGUCACAGUUCAUGCUUUGCCGAGGUUUUCAUGAAUUCGUCUGACAGCAAUUAACAUAGAGCCGGAA